AUGUCCUCCAAAAAGGAUGGCGCUGGCGACUCCAAGCUAUUUGCUCGAGGCAAAGUUGCGGAGCUCCGCCUCGAGCUUAACAGCGGAGGCAAGAAGGAUAAGAAUUAUUCCAUGAAGAAGAUUGCCCUGAAGCGAAUAGUUGCCAACAUGACCAUGAGCAACAAUGACAUGGUUGCACUUUUCCCUGAUGUCAUCGGCUGCAUGAAUCUUCCGAGCUUAGAGAUCAAGAAAAUGUGCUUCCUCUACCUGGUCAACUAUGCUCGCGUGCGACCGGAGAUCGCGGUAAAAGCGAUCCCCGUAUUGGAGCUUGAUAUGGAAGACAGCAACCCAUUGGUGCGAGCUCUCGCCCUGCGAACCAUGUCAUACAUACACGUGCGAGAAUUCGUGGAAGCGGCUGUGCCAAUCGCCAAGCACAUGCUGCGAGACUCGGACCCGUACGUACGCAAGACGGCCGCCUUUUCCGUUGCUAAAUUGUACGAUCAUGACCGAGACAUGGUUGAAGGAUCGGAUCUCAUUGAGCGUCUCAACUCUCUGCUGCGAGACGAUAAUCCGACCGUGGUAGCCAGUGCACUGGCUGCGCUUAUGGACAUUUGGGAGAGAAGUGACGCCAUCAAACUCACAAUCGACUAUAGCAACGCUUCCAAAAUGGUUGCCAUCUUGGCAGAUUGUUCAGAAUGGGGUCAAACUUACAUUCUAGAAGCGCUCAUGUCGUAUGUGCCACAAGAAUCUGGGGAGGCCUCGCUCCUGGCUGAGCGCAUCUCCCCUCGCCUCUCACAUUCCAAUUCCGCGGUUGUCUUGACCUGUAUUCGCGUUAUCCUCUACCUCAUGAACUACAUUGCCGACGAGAAGCAAAUUUCUACCCUCUGCCGCAAACUGUCGCCACCGCUGGUAACUUUGCUCGCCAAAGGGCCCGAGGUGCAAUAUCUUGCUCUACGAAAUGCGCUUCUUAUUUUGCAGAGACGACCUGAAGUCCUCAAGAAUGAUAUUCGGGUCUUUUUCUGCAAAUACAACGACCCAAUUUACGUCAAAGUCACGAAGCUAGAGCUUAUCUUCAUGCUUGCCAAUGAGCAGAACAUUGACGAAGUCUUGACGGAACUGCGCGAAUACGCCACUGAAAUCGAUGUUCACUUUGUGCGAAAAGCCGUGCGAGCCAUUGGAAAGCUGGCUAUUAAGAUUGAGCCAGCUGCACCUAGAUGCAUCAACCUGCUUCUGGAGCUCGUGGCUACAAAGGUCACAUACAUUGUUCAAGAAGCGACAGUUGUCAUUCGAAAUAUUUUCCGCCGAUACCCCAACCAAUAUGAAUCCAUCAUCAGCACGCUAUGCGAGCAUUUGGACUCUUUGGAUGAACCAGAAGCAAAAGCAGCCAUGGUGUGGGUCAUUGGGGAAUACGCGGAUCGCAUUGAGAAUAGCGAUGCGCUGCUGGAUGACUUUUUAUAUGCAUUCACAGAGGAGCCAGUUGAAGUGCAGCUAGCUCUGCUCACGGCUACCGUCAAGCUGUUUAUCCAGAGACCGACGAGAGGACAAGAGCUCGUUCCCAAGGUUCUGAAAUGGGCUACUGAAGAAACAGAUAACCCUGAUUUACGAGACCGGGCAUAUAUGUAUUGGCGGCUGCUGUCUACAGAUGUCGGCCUGGCGAAACAAAUUGUCAUGGGUGAGAAGCCUCCCAUCACGGCGGAAUCGGAGAAACUGGAACCGGCUAUUCUGGAGGAAAUGUGCCUCAACGUGGGUACGCUGGCGACGGUCUAUCUCAAGCCUGUUCAAACAGUAUUCCGUACAGCGCGAGUGCGGAAGCUGGCCGACUCGCCCGCACUACAAAAGCAGAACCUGCCGACGGAUAUUGACACCAACAAGACAAUAAGCAUGUUUGGCAGAGGUGGACAGCCGACAGACAUUGACCUGAGAAGUCGCACGGCUGGUGGGACGAACGGCAACCAGCAAGUCCUCAACGACGCGGAUGCAUACUUUAAUAGCGUUGCGCCGCAGAAAAUGGCAGCUUUGAGAAUGGAUGCGGGUGACGAUUUAUUUGGCGGCGGCAAUGUGACGGGCUACGUGGUAAAUGCGCACGCACCGCAGGCUGUGAUGCAGCCAACGCAGGGAUCGGGAAGCAACGGCGACCUUGUUAUGCUUUAA